GUGACUGGUCAUCGGUGGACGAAUCGUGGAAGUGGCGCAUUUUCAGUAAUUGGUGAUUGGAGAUCUCCAAAUAUUACACUGAUUAUUGGUUCCUGUGUUUUUAAUAACUUUAGCCGCGGCUAGUGCUUUAUUAUUGUUCCGAAACAUUAAUUAUAAAUAAAAGUUUUGUUUCUACGAGGUCGAGUGAUCGUCAACAAAGAUGUCCGUGUGCUUCUUUGUGCCAACUGAACAAACUGCAGCAUCCGCUGGUUCAGAAGAGCAAGAUGCGGAAUGCGGGGAAGAUAUAGUGUUAGACAAUACAAUUAACACCCUACAAGCUUUCUGGGCGAAAGUCAAUGAAGACAUGAAAAAGAUUACCGCAGAUGAUUUUAAAACACAAGUACUACCACUGGCCAGGAUCAAGAAGAUUAUGAAACUUGAUGAAGAAGUUAAGAUGAUAUCAGCUGAAGCGCCUGUUCUAUUUGCGAAGGCUGCAGAGAUCUUCAUCCACGAAUUGACGCUAAGAGCCUGGACACAUACCCAAGACAAUAAGAGGAGAACGCUACAGCGUAAUGAUAUAGCAACAGCCAUAACAAAAUCAGACCAAUUCGACUUCCUGAUAGACAUAGUGCCUCGGCAUGAAGUAAAGCCUAACAAACCCAGGGAAGAUCCACCACGAGCAACUACAUCUACUGAACAGCUAUCGCAGCAACAGCCAGCAACAAUCAGCAACCAGCCACAGUUCGUGCUACAGCCCUGUGCACAGGUUGUACAGCAAUCAUCAAGUGCAGCGGCCACAACCACAGCGAGCCAGCAACCAGUAACCCUCGUGCAACAAGUUGUCAAUUCCAACGGUGAAUUGCAGCCUAUACCGAUACAACUAACCCAAGCGCAGUUGAACAUGAUCCGGCUUCAAUUACAAAACAACCCGAACCAGCCUAUCGUGAUUCAAACCCAACCACAACCACAGCAAUCACCGCAAAUCAUACAGGUGUCAUCGCAAGCCCCACACCAGCCGCACCAAAUAUACCUAACGCAAGUUCUUCCCGACGAAACGUAGGACAGUGAUGAGUAAUAAACUCAAGUGAAAUUAGGUGCAGGCAGAUACACUAAAAAAAUUUGAGUGAUUUUAGUAAAAACUACAAAAAAAAAAUACAUGUAAAGAAACGAUAUGGUGUGGUUAAUAUGUAAGCAAUAUGAUUUUUUUUAGAUUGUAUAUGCUUUCAAAAAUGCUAUAAAAAGUAAAUAGUCGUGCAAUGAUUGCUGUCAUAUUGCAAUUAUAAAGUAAUAAAUUUGCAAUCAUUGUUACUCUUCUGUAUACAAGCAGUAACCAUAUUUUUUCGUAAUUGUUAAUAUCUUAUGUAAAAUGGUAAUAUUGAUGACGUCAGAAAUCAUCAAUCCUUUUGUGAAAUUUAACUGAUUUUUUGUCUAUUUGACUUGUAAAAAUGAUUGCAUCGCACAUAGUUUUCUCUUUUAAAUUUAAUAGGUAGCAAUUUUUUUUAAAUAUUUGUCAAAAAGUAUAAUAUACACCUUUCCUGUAAAGUUGUCUGCACCUUGCGAAGUUGUAAGUUUGUAAAUAGUUAUAUUUAAUGUAAAAUGAACUGUUGUGGCUUGUAAUAAGUGUUUCAAUGACUUAUUUUUACUUCAAUUUUUAGCUGUAUUUGUCAAAAUUUACUAAUUUUUUUUUUGUGGUGUUUUCAGUUAUCAGUUCAUAUUAUUAAUUUAUCGGCCGUAUUGUUUACAAGAGAAAAUGUAAUUUAUAAAAUAAGGGUAUUUUUUAAUUAUUUUUUUUUUAUAAAAAAUGUAGUAAGACGUAAUUUUUUAAUUAUUUUUAAAAAUUAUGUGGUUUUCUGUUACAUCUAUUUUAAGAUACAAAUAAAUAAUUUAAAUUAUAUGGUUUUCUGUUACAUGUAUUUUAAGAUACAAAUAAAUAGUUUAAUCUA